AUGCUUCUCAACGUCUGGAUCACUUCGACGUUCCAAAACAAAAACGAGAUGGAGUUCAGAAAUCCGUAUUUUGGCCUCGACGAACUUUACGCACAACAUAGAUUCCAAUCCUCGGUUUACCCCAAAAUUGUCAACGAACCCAAGCUGGCGGCGCAAAUCAGUUCUGCUGAACCCGACAAGGUGUUUCCAGUGGAUUUGCAUCAGUGGUUGAGUGACUUCGGGCGGCUUUCGCCUCCUGACCGCCGUUUGCAAGUCUCGAAGGAUAUCCACACCAUCAUACAGCACAACGUUCUGGAUUACGGGAUGGAAAAAUGUGCUAUCGCUAUUCGCCUACCCGCCCGCGGUGACAGCUUACCUCACCCAUACACGUUGCCACCCGCUGGCGACACCGUACGACUUAGCAUCUGCGAACUCGAUGCCAAGCGGCCGCUGAAGGAGCGCACACUCUCCUGGUCACAGCGCCCACCCUGCGUUCGACAGCUUGCUCCCGUCGACGCGAAGAUCGGAGGAGAGAUUGAACUGGAACCGUUCGCCUGCAAGUCGGGUUCUUAUCUGACGUAUCAGAUCUCCUGCGCUGAAGACUCGCCUGGGUGUAAUGUGGAUGUUUGGAUGAAUCACAACCAGACCUGGGGUACGCAUACUUUUUAA